AUGGUAUCAUUAUUUGGCUGGGGCUCAAGCCCAGCAUCUGAUGCAAGUAAAACAACACAAGAAAAGCCGGCACCCGAGCAAUCCCAACCUCCUGCCAAAGAACCUCUGCCACCUCUACCCUAUCAGACUCCACGACCACCUCUCGAAUCAAACACGAACCUCAAACUGCUUUUCGGAGGAAUGACCUUUUUUGCGCUGUCUGUGCUUGUUACACGGCGCGCCUUCCACAAGAAACGCAUCGCCUGCAUUCCGCCUUUCUAUACCAGCUCUUUGUACCACCAGCCUCACUCAAAUUCUGCAAUGGACGCCUUCGAAGCUUUGAACUUGGCCACUCUUAAUGUGAUCUCCUUUGGUCUGAUGGCUGGCGGGGCGGCUGGGUACGCUUUGAAUAUCAAUUCGCUUGAGGAUAUGCGGAUAUUCGUCCGGGCAGGAUUGCAGGGCGGUAGUGACACACCUGUGAAGAGUGACGAGGAGCUUGAGCAGGAAGUGACGGAAUGGGUGACUAAAGUACUCGGUGAUAAGUUCGAGAAGCAGUUGGAGAAGGAGAAGAUGAAGAGGGCGUUCCAGCAGGCCAAGACGGACCAAGAUACCAAAGAUAACUGA